AUGGGACCUGCUGACAGCUUUUCUCCAUUUCAUACAGAAAAGAGAACUAUUCCUGCUAACACCUUUCAUUCUAGUGAAUACUUGACAAUGAAGGGCAGGAGUGACAUACAGCUUUCCUCUGAGCUAUCCGAGGAGGAAGACAAUAUGUACGAGACUGUAAAUUCUUCAGUGCUGGAGGCCAUUCAUUCUUUGAGAAUCCUUCCUGCCAAACCUCUACAAGAAUCUGAAUAUGCGGACACACGCUGCUUAAGGCCUUCAGGUACCACUUCCCCAAAGAGCGAGAGCCCAUCUCAGCCCCCUCAACACUCAGCCAUUCACACAUUCGAUCCGGAGGGAAGAACAGUGCCAAAUGUAAGAGGAGGAAGAAUGAAAACACAUGGAUACCAGGAGCCUACACCUCCCCCACGGCCUCUGAAGAUGCUGCCAAAGCAGUAUCAGCCCCUUCCUCCAGAGCCAAGAAUAAGCAGCCAGGUCUUGCACAAGAGGAACACGCUCAGCCGAGAUCCCACCUUUCCAAUAUCAGCAAAAGUCACAAGACAUUCAUCUGUUAAGGAAUCAAAUAAAGCACCUGGAAGAGAGCAAGUUACAAGUUUGGGGAAAAAACCUGAAGUACCUUUUCAAGCACAAAAGCAUCCUCCUGAAGCCAGCCCUCAAUGUACAUGGAGCUCUAAAAACAUUUGCAGAUCAGGUUCCACAUUAAGCGUAGAUAAUUUGAUAGUGAAGAAGCCACCACCUCCUACAUCAUAUGCAGCAUGCAAAAAUAAAUCAAAACACUUGCUCGUAGAAGAGGAAAUGCAAUCUCUUACCAAACCCACUGAAAAGGAUUUAAACAAAUGUGAGUGGUACGUUGGAGAAUAUGAUCGCCAUAAAGCAGAGAAGAUAUUGUUACAGAAAAACACUGAUGAGACAUUCUUGGUUAGAGAUUGUUCAAAGAAAUCAAAGGCUGAACCAUACGUUUUGGUUGUUUAUUAUGGAAGAAGAGUAUACAACAUUAAAGUACGGUUUCUGGAAGAAAGCCAACAAUAUGCCUUGGGAACAGGGCUCAGAGGAGAGUGUAAAUUUAAUUCCGUGGAAGAGAUCAUUGACUUCUACAAAUCCGUUCCAAUAACGCUCAUUGACGGAAAGGAUCAGUCAGGAAACCACAGAGAACAAUGCUACCUCACACAUCCAUUCAAGUCCUGCUGACCCUUUCUGCCUCGCUGUCGCUGAUUCAUCCGUACAGAUAUAAAUAGAACACUUAUUGAAACACCCCAAAAAUCAGAUUCGCCUCUUGAGCAAGGAGCUCCCACUAAUAUAUUGAAGAACUACAGAUCUAUUCCAUUUUUUGAUUGUUGCAUUUUCAUUCUGAGGAUACAAGUAAAGAAUAUGUCAACAUAUUCAUUCACAGGAAGGUGUUGAGACCGACUCCUGAUACCUUAACAAUGACUGACCAAUUUGCUUAUCUUGCACUCUAUCUUCUAACUUCAAAUGAAAGUAAAAUUUGCCCUUGCCUACUUAAAUGUCACUUAAACUCUGCUAAGUAGCAAAACCUAAGAAAGUAUACCACAGUCAUUAAAUAAAUAUUCUUGCUUUUAAAAAUACAUAUGAAAUACUGUGUGCCAGAGUUCUCACUGUCUAACAAUUUCAUGUGGUGUGCAUAUGUUUGCUCAGCAACAAGCUGUGCUCAGCUGCCACUGAAGUUAGUUAGUGUCAGUUGAUGCUUAUAGACACUGGAGAUUUAAAACUAGCUGUAAUUAUGUAAAUUCUAUUAUUCAAUGAGCACUUACUCUUCAGCUUAAGUAGCAGAUACUUGUAUACCAUACCUGAGCCUUCAAACACUUACAUAGUAGGACCAUUAUGCAAACAGUCAUUUUGA